AUGGCUGAGGUGUAUGAAGUUGGUGAUUCUGCAGGAUGGGAUUUCAACGUUGAUUAUAAUCAUUGGGUUUCUUCCAAAAAAUUUAAACUUGGGGAUUCUCUUGUAUUCAAUUACAACCCACGGUUGCACAAUGUGAUGCAAGUGGACAGCAACGACUACAAGGCAUGCACAGAUAACCAUCCAAUAGGAAUAUACAACACCGGCAGCGACAGUCUUACCCUGGAAACACCCGGCGAUUACUUCUUUUUGUGUGGAUUUCCAGGUCAUUGUGCUUCUGGACUCAAAUUUCACAUCAAAAUCUCAACUCCAUUUACUCCUCCUGCUGCUCCACGAAAUUCUAGCUCCCGCUCUUCUCCUCCGGCGACGUUUACUCCUCCUGCCGCAACUAAUGGCGAUCCUUGGCUUCCUGGUUUUCUAGCUAACAAGCCUAAAAGCAGUGCUUAUUCAUCCAAAUGGUCACCCAUGACCAUGUUGCUUCUUGCUGCUACUCUGUUUCUAGGCAUGGUUUAUUGA